UCUCGCCGUUUUCCCAAACGAAGAAGAUCGUUUCCAGAUUAUUAUCCCUUCUUGCAUCCUCAAAGCUCCAAAGUCUCCUCCUUUCCUUCUUCCUUCUUCCGCUUAUUUGACUACUGUUGAUCAGCUCAUCUCUAAUCGAAAGUCGAAACCUUUUCUAAGUUUCCCGAAUGGGUUACUGAAGAUUGUUGAAAAGCAUGAGUCUUUGAAUCUAAAGGUUGUUUUUUAGACGAGUUCUAAUGUUUAUGGAGCUGGAUUGGGAGAUUAUGCACGUGCCCUCUUGAUUGUUACAAAGAGAGAGAGCAGAGAAUGGAUCUUUGGCUAAUCGCAGCUACUGCUGCUACAGGAUUGGUAACCAAGCAUUUGCAGAAUGUAUCCAAAGGUAAAGAAAGCUUUCCUGAGGAUUUUCCUCAUGUGAAGCCAGAAUCUCCUAGAUGUGUGGUUAGCAGUUUGGUAAGUGACAAGAAACCAAACGAAGAGAACUUUGAAGAUUGCAUAAACGGGGAAGAUCUUGAUGUAUUUGGAGUGGAGAUUUGUUCAGAUUCUUUUGGGAACAGAGCGUUUCUGAAGAGGAAACAGCGAUACAGGAGACUUAUCAAGCCUUUUUCUAUGAAUCGGUUACAUAUGCUUAGCCCGUUUCCAUCACCAUGUGGUUCAGUUUUGAGGCCCUUGGUUGUUACUGAUGGUUCAAAAGUAAUUAGCAAGAACAAUGGAGAUUCUAUUAGCCAGAACUGUGGAAUCCCUCAGCUAAGGAAGUUGGAAGCUUCAGGUCUUUAUGUUAAGAGGAGAGGUGGAAGCACGAGUAGAACAUCUGAUAAUGGGAUUGGAUCAAAAGAUGCAGCAUUGUUGCUAUGCGUGGGGAUUUCUAUUGGGAUAAUGUCAUCGUUUGUAGCUAACCAAACGGAAGUAAACAAGGUCAGAGAAGAGUUAAAGGAGACAGAGAGUUUGGUAAAGGAUUCAGAAGAUGGGGUUGAGACGAAAGACUCAUUGACAGUGAAUGAUGAUGAGUUACACGAUGGUGAAAAGACAGCAGAGAAUUCAGAAUCUAUUGGUGAAAUUGAAGCAGAGCUUGUAGCUGAAUUGGAAAUGCUACAGAUCAACAUGAACUCAUCCAACAUUGAGACACAACCCUCAGAUGUCUUCGAGCUGGAGCCGGAUUUUGAAGUAGAGUUUGCGCAGGGAGAGCUGAGAGAUGAUAAGGUUGAAAGGCAGCGCUUUGAUGAAACCGAGUCCAACCAGGAGGAACCUCUUGGAAACGCCACACCUGAAUCAGGAAACUAUACAGUGUCACCUCGUGAGUUAAGCUUGCGUCUGCUCAAAGUUAUCAAUUCACGUUGUGAGGAACGUAUAAAAGAGCUUGAGAUCGCCUUAGAAGAGAGCCAGAGGAAAGUGGAGCAGCUGGUCAUGGAAGCAGAGGAAAAGAAGAAACCAUAUUCAUCAAGGUUAUGUGAAAGCCUUGCAGUGAAGAGAAACUCAAUUCGUAAGCAUAAUCCUGUAGUAGAGGUUCAACCUCUGGUUAUGAACUUAGCAGGGCCGGCACUUGAUGCAUUCAAUGACUCUUAUGAGGAACUGAUGGAUAUAAACGAUUCUUCUGAAGAAGGCGAUGUACAGUAUGAGCGGCAAGAAGAAUUGUCUUUGACAAGCAAAAGCUCACCUCGGAUCCAUAAAGAUUACAGAAAGGGUUCGUCAAGAACUUCAGAGGAUGUUAAUUUAUUUCUGCUGCAAGAUCUACUUGGUUUGAGCGACGAAGAAGAAGAUGGAGAGUCUGAGAGUGAGAUGGAGAAGGAACUGAUAAAGCAGAUUGUUGAGAAAACAAAACAAGGAUCGUCUUCUGUGUUCAAUGCUCAGAAGAUGCUCUCUCUCAUGGAAGAAAUAGGACAGAAUCCAUGAAAAGCAUAAGCUUGUCAGAGAGUCUCAUUAUUUAUGACGCAAAGUUAUAGACGUCUCUAGUUAGUGUUGAUAUGUAAUAGUUGAUGAAACUUGUGUUGUGAGAUUGAAACAAACUGAAAAUGAAAAGAAAAAAAGAUGUUGCCAUGUUGGUGUCAAA